AUGGACAAGGCUAAGGCAGCAAUCACCGACUUCAUGUCCAAGUCUGGACACCAUGACACUACCGUCCACGAAGCUGUUGCUCCUGCUGUUCAGCACGAGGUUGUAAAGCCACACGUGCACGAGGAGGUUCAAACCGCCGUCGACAAGGAGGUCCACCAGGACCACUACCACCGCACAGUUCAGCCCAUCCAGGACCGCGAGGUUCUCCCUGAGCAACACACUGCCAAACUUGGCGCCGUUCAGCACCGCGAGUUUGACCACCGCGACCAUGACUCCACCAAGAGGAACCUGAUCGACGAGCAGGCUCGCUACAAGGAUGAGCGUCGUGUAGACAACACCACACACAGCCAGAGCGCUGCUGCUGCCAUUGGCGGCGAGCACGUCCACCACCACAUCCACGAGACCAUCCAGCCUGUAGUCCAAAAGGAGACCAUCCAGCCCAACGUUGUCCACACCACGGUUCCCAUCCAUGAGGUUCACCACAACAAGGCUACCCAUCACAGCACCACAGCCCUGCCCGCCAUGACCAUGGAUCAGUUCAAGGCCAAGGGUGGAGCUCUAACUGGCCGUGAGGAGCGUUACGACGCCUUCGAGGGUGUUCCCAAGAACAUCGGCGCAGGCACAGCUGGAGGCUUCGGUGUGGUCCGCGAGGGUGGCCACAGCGAUCACCACAAGGUUGGAGGUGUUGCCAGGCAUGGCGACUACGAUAACACAGCGACGCACGGCAGUGCUGGCGUCGCCGGUGCCGGUGCAGGUGGCCUUGCUGGAGGUGUUGCUGGAGGUGUCGCUGGACACUCUGGCCAGCAGCACAACGACUUUGCUCGCGAUAGUCGCACUCACACUGACAAGGACCACCUGCCAGAUGCUCUUCGUGAGGAUCGCUCCAGGGCUGAUGCGCACAACACGCACACCCACGGCUCCAUCGGUGGUGAGAAGAAGAAGCCUAGUCUGAUGGACAAGCUCAACCCCAAGGUUGAUGCUGACGGUGACGGCAAGGCUGGCUUCAUGAAAUAA